GCACACGCUGCUGGUUCUUGACCGCUCUCUUAUACAGUUACACAUUUGAGACGAAAGACAACAAAGACCCAAACUAUACUGCAUUUGUAGUUUCCCACUUCCAGUGAUCAUCUAUUAAUAAAAAUAAAACCUCAGCAUCAAAAAGUAUCAGCGUCAUUACUUCCUGUUUUACUUGUCAACUUCCCUCCUUUCGAUUUUUACUCAGGGUUUAGUUUUCUGUACAGUUAAAAAAUGGCAGCAGUCUAUGAAAAUUAUCGCAUGUCUUCAAAUGAAAAGCGCUCUCAUCUAACAGAUAAGGACUCUGAUGAAAUAGAAGUCAGAUCUGUUAAAUGGAUUAAAGUUCUUCUGAUAGUUGUUGGUGUUUCUCUUGUUUUUGCUCUGGGUGUCAUCUGUGCUCUCAGUUUACUCUAUGCGGGUAAAUUCAGAGAGUGUGACAUUCAGAAGCACAUUGAUACAAACCUACCAACAGAUCCAAAACAGAAGUCUUGUAUAUCAGCCAACGAGUUGGGGCUUUUAGGCAAAUACAACCGAGUUAAAGACUGUCUGUCCUCAUGUACUAAGUUCAGUGAUCCAUCUUGUAAGUUUUGUGAAGAGGGCUGGACAUCAUACGGUGGAAAGUGUUAUUUCUUCUCUUCUGAAACACAGACAUGGUUUAAGGCUCGUGAUUUAUGUGCUGGAUUAAAAGCUCAUCUGGUCACCAUUAACAGCAAAGCUGUACAGGAUUUCCUGGUGUCUAAAAUUAUUGAAACUACUUGGAUCGGCCUUAAUGAUGUGGAGACUGAGGGCCGAUGGGUUUGGCUGAAUAACCAAACUCUCAAUGAAACUGCAGUACAGUUCUGGUUUGUAAAGGAAGAUGGGAGUGAGCCGGAUAACUCGGGCAAUGAGGACUGUGCUUGUCUGGGAUAUCUGAAAUCAUAUCUGAAGUCUUGGUUUGAUGCAUCUUGUGAAACCAAGAAGAUGUUCAUUUGUGAAAAGGAACAUUUAUUGACUCUGUAGUGAUGACUACUGAACGAAACCCACUGAUAACAUCACAUAGUUUCUUACACUUUAAAGAUGGCUGGGUUAUUUUUGACCCAUAAUGGGUAAAUAUUUGAAAGAACAUAGAUUUACCCAAUGCUGGGUUAUUUUAACCCAACUGCUGGGUUAAUAUACCCCAUGGGUGCAUAACAACAACCCAACAUUGGGUCAUUUUAACCCAGCACAGGGUCAUUUUUAACCCAGCAUGUGUUCUGAUUUAUAUAAAAUACAUGUAGUUAAUCAUUUUUAGUAACAAUAAAAAAACGAAUUAUUACAGUGACAUACGGUAUUGUUGGUGUUUUAGUCUAGCAGCACAAAAUUUCGUAUGUGGUCUCUUGUUUUUAAAACUUUAAAAGAAUCUUGCUGAACAUGUUUCUUAAAAUUAAAAAGUUGAUUUGCCCAAAAAAUAACACAUUCUGUUUAAAGCCGGGGUGCAUGAUAGCUGAAAGCCAGUGUUGACAUUUGAAAUCACCUAAACAAACACGCCUCUACCCCAAUAGAAUCUGGACCUUCUGUUGAUAAACCCGCCCCACACAUAUACUACCCAGGCAACGGUGUUGGUUAGUAGACACGCCCCUUACCGCUGAUUGGCUACAAGCGUGUUUUGAUAGUCGGCCCGACUCCCUUUCCCAAAGCGUUUCUCAAAAAUCGUGCACCCCGCCUUUAAAUGCAAAUCUAUUGUAAGUAAUUGGUCCCUGAAGCACCAUCUGGUGGGCAGCGUAGGCAGUGGUAGACAGAUUUUUAGGAAUCUUGUUAAAUUCGCAACAGAUUUUUCUUAUGAAUUUAUAUAAAUUAAAAUACUCAAUCAAGAUGCAUGAUCUAAAAUCCCAUUUUUGUUUGAAUAUCGCAAUAGCAAUCAUUAUUUUAUGUAUGCUUCGGCAGCCUUUGUUUAUUUCUUGGAUGUAAAUGUAACCAGUUGUAUUAGAUUGCUUCUCUCUGUUGUUAUAAUCUACCCAGUCUGUCACUUCAUAUACCCUCCUACAACCAAAGUAGUACAAUCCGUUCCCAAAAGUCAUUGGAAAUUAGCAAUUAAGUGCUUGAGAUUAUAUAUCUGGGAAUUUCCCCCAAACCCCCCUGGCAUUUACUGUCCCCCAGCUUCAAAAUCGCUCCUACACCCCUGUAAUUUUCCCCAUUUAUUUCAGGCGUUCUGCAAUGUUACUAUUUCACAUGCACACAAUGCAAUGUUGAUGCUGAAAAGAUAUUAGCCUUAAACUGAAUAAAGCUCUAUGGGGAGAAACACUGGACAUCAGUUGGGGUUAAGGAAACCCAUAUG